AUGGACGCCUUCGCCCCUGCCCCGGCCCCUCCUACAGAGCUCGGCCGCUACCGAGUGUUGUCCUCAACAGCUGGCAUUCGCGUGUCUCCUCUGCAACUCGGUGCCAUGUCCAUCGGCUCAGCAUGGUCCGCCGCAAUGGGCACAAUGGACAAGGAGGCCUCUUACAAGCUGCUCGACGCAUUCACAGAGGCCGGCGGUAACUUCAUUGAUACAGCCAACAACUACCAGAACGAAGAGUCCGAGACAUGGAUCGGCGAGUGGAUGGCGGAGCGCGACAAUCGUGACCAGCUCGUACUUGCUACCAAGUACACCGGCGAGUAUAAGGCAUACGCAAAGGGCAAGGGCAAGACUGUCAACCACGCUGGCAAUCACAAGCGUAGCCUGCACAUGAGCGUCCGCGACUCUCUGGAGAAGCUGCGCACUGACUAUAUCGACAUUCUGUACGUCCACUGGUGGGACUACACAACUUCGGUCGAAGAGAUUAUGGAUAGCCUACACGCUCUCGUGCAGUCCGGCAAGGUUCUUUACCUCGGAAUUUGCAACACGCCCGCAUGGAUUGUCAGUGAGGCAAACACAUACGCUCGCCUGACGGGCAAGACCCAGUUUAGCAUCUACCAGGGCCGGUGGAACGUGCUAAGCCGCGACUUUGAGCGUGAGAUUAUCCCCAUGGCGCGCCGGUUCGGCAUGGCGCUCGCCCCUUGGGACGCCGUCGGUGGCGGCAAGUUCCAGACCAAGGCUGCGCUUGCUGAGCGCGCUGCUAGCGGCGAGGGUCUGCGCAAGAUGAUGGGCUCCGAGCAGGGCGAGGACCAGGUUCGCAUGAGCGAGGCUCUCGCGCAAGUUGCUUCCGAGCACGGCAUCGAGUCGGUUACCGCAAUUGCGCUGGCUUACGUCCUCUCCAAGACACCCAAUGUGUUCCCUCUCAUCGGCGGCCGUAAGGUUGAGCACCUGCACGACAACAUUAAGGCGCUGAGCAUUCGUCUCACUGAUGCUCAGAUUGCCUUCCUCGAGGCUGUUAAGCCGCUCGAUAUCGGCUACCCUCAGAACAUGCUUGGCGAGGAGCCUGGUGUGUCCGGGCAGACGAGCAUGGCCAUGGCUCCCUCGGGCCAGUUGGCGUACGUGCGGUACCCCAAGGCGAUUGGAUAUGAGUAA